GAAUUGAUGCAACCGUCACGUCACCUUUUCUGAUGUUUCCGAUGUUGAAAGCUGAAACGCCAAAUAGAUCGAACGCCAAAGGCAUAAAUUGAUUAUUAUCAGAACUAUCAGUGUCGAGUGUGUACUGAUAGUUCUCAGUUGUAUGGAUAAAAUUAUCAUUGUUAUCACAUAAUCGUAGAUCUACAUUUUAUGUGGCACUUAACAUUCAGUUGUUCAGCGAAGUUAUUCGGUCGAUAUCACUUCGCUUUUUCUAAUUUUUAGAAGACUGCAGUGUCUGCACGAUUAACUGUUUUCGAAUUAUAGAAUCAUGUAUUAAAUAAUAAGUUAAAUUAAGUGAGUUAAGUCCAAAUACUCUCAAAAAGCCAAAAUGGCUGAAUUUCUAAAAGGAUUGAUACUGUCCGUCCUAUCGGAAAAAUGCUACAAUGAAUAUUUUAUCAAGAACAAUUUUCUGGAUGAACCAUGUUUCAAAGCAACAUUAAGCAAAGGACUGGGUUUUGGUUUAAUCGCUGGCUCAAUGCUUGUGAAGGUUCCACAGAUUUUGAAAAUAGUUGGUAACAAGAGUGCAGAGGGUAUAAAUAUUUAUGGAGUUUAUUUGGAGUUAUUUGCGAUAACUGCAAACUUUGCCUACAGUUACAUUAUGAAAUUUCCAUUCAGUGCAUGGGGUGAUGGUACAUUUUUAGCAAUACAAACUUCAAUCAUCGCUUCACUGGUGUUACAUUAUGGUGGAUCAUCAGGCAAGGCUGCUGCAUUCCUUGCUACCUAUGUAGGAAUUGUUGCAGCUGUAGUCAGUGGCCAUGUACCCAAAGAUGUGCUGUGGAACAUGCAAGCUCUUAAUGUUCCAAUAAUAGUCAUUGCUAAGUCCAUUCAAGUGAUAACAAACUACAAGAAUGGUAGUACAGGUCAACUAUCUGCUGUCACUUGCCUUCUUUUGUUUGGAGGCAGCAUUGCAAGAAUAUUCACAUCCAUCCAAGAAACCGGCGAUUUCAUAAUAAUACUUACAUAUUGUGUAUCAACAAUCGCCAAUGGAGCCCUAGUCUUGCAACUAUUCUGGUAUUGGAAUGUACCUAAGGCUAACAAGAAUAUAAAUAAGAAAAAGAAGAAGCGCAUAUAGUUGCUCUAUAAGAAGUAACAAAUUCACUGAAAUAACUGUUUCUUUAGUGUAUUUAAAUACAUUUUUUCAUAGACUUUU